AGGAGGGAGGGGGGCGCCUUUAUCCCGCGCCGCGCGCAGUCCAGCCCAGCCGACCUGCAGCCCCGGGGAGCGCGGGGACGAAGGGGCGCAUGGCAGGAGCCGGCGCGCCGCCGGGGAUGGAGGACGGCGGCUGCGUCGGGCUCGGAGUCGGCCGGAGCAGCCAUCGGACGCUGUCCUACAGCCGCUGGAGUUAUGACAGUGUUUUGGAUGAUGAAGGAAGCACCCUAAGGCAGCAGAAACUGGAGAGACAGAGGGCUCUGCUGGAGCAGAAACAAAAGAAGAAGCGCCAGGAGCCCCUGAUGGUGCAGUCCAACCCCGACAGCCGCGCGAGGACGCGCCGUACCAGGCAGUCGGAGGAGCAGGCCCCACUGGUGGAGUCCUACCUGAACAGCAACAGUAGCACCAGCUACAACGUACAGGAGGCUGAACAAGAUGACGGGAAAUUGGGCGAGGACCCCUUGAUGCCCAGAUCCGCCAAGAGGAGCCCCGCAGCAGGGGCGACGGCAGCAGGCGGACAGGGUGGUAUCUCUAAAAAGGAGAAGAAGGGGAAACCCAAAGGGAAUGAUGGGUUUUUCUCAGAUGAUGAGCCAGACCCGAACGUGCAGAUCCUGACAGUGGGUCGGUCCGGCUCCAGUAGGAGCCUGGCAGAGGCGGCAGCUGCCGGAGGGCAGCACUCAUCCAAGCAGGAUCUCCGUGCCACAAUGCAAACAAAGGGGAUCUCCAGCAGCAUGAACUUUGAUGAAGAAGAGGAGGAAGAGGAGGAGGACGAAGAAGAGGAGGAUAGCUCCAGCUCUUCUCAGUUAAACACCAAUGCCCGGCCAGGCUCCGCCACCAGCAAGAAGUCAAAUAAGGAGACCGCCUCGGCCCCCAGCCCCUCGGCCCAGGCUCCGCUCAUCGAAGUGGAGGAUCUGGAGGAGUUUGCGCUCCGGCCGGCCCCCCAGGGCAUCACCAUCAAGUGCCGCAUCACGCGGGACAAGAAGGGGAUGGACCGAGGGAUGUACCCCACCUACUACCUGCACAUGGAACGGGAGGACGGGAAAAAGGUAUUUCUUCUGGCUGGAAGGAAGAGGAAGAAGAGCAAAACAUCUAAUUACCUCAUCUCUGUAGAUCCGACGGACUUGUCCCGAGGAGGAGAAAGCUUUGUGGGGAAACUCCGGUCAAACCUCAUGGGAACCAAGUUCACCGUGUAUAACAAUGGAGUCAACCCCAUGAAAACAUCAUCCAAUGUGGAAGGUGCAAAUUUAAGGCAGGAGCUGGCUGCCAUUUGCUAUGAGACGAACGUCCUGGGAUUUAAGGGCCCUCGGAAAAUGAGCGUGAUCAUCCCUGGCAUGAGCAUGGUGCACGAGAGGGUCUCCAUCCGGCCUCGAAACGAGCAGGAGACGCUGCUGGCUCGAUGGCUAAGCAAGAACACGGACACCAUCAUCGAGCUUCACAACAAGACACCCGUGUGGAACGACGAUACCCAGUCCUACGUGCUCAACUUUCAUGGUCGGGUCACGCAGGCCUCGGUCAAGAAUUUCCAGAUCAUCCACGCAAAUGACCCUGACUACAUCGUGAUGCAGUUUGGCCGGGUGGCAGAGGACGUGUUCACCAUGGAUUACAACUACCCGAUGUGCGUCCUGCAGGCGUUUGCCAUCGCUCUCUCCAGCUUCGACAGCAAGCUGGCCUGUGAGUAAGCGGGCGGGCGCUGCCCCCACCCCCCGCCCCGCAGGAAGCCCCCCAGCCAGUCUCUGGCCCCUGGACUCGCCACGUGGGCCCCACUGCCUCACACUGGACCCUCUCCAGCCACGACGGGAGAAAUGGCGUGUUUCUCUCCAGCACUCCCAUCCGUCAUCCUUUGUCUUUCCUGAAGAAAGCGAGACGCCCUCGCUGGGAACAUAGACAUCUCACUCCAUGCUCCCUUUCUGCCCGGCCCCUUCCCCAGCCACUCUUCCUCAGCCUCCCUCCCGCCCGCCCCUCAGCCAGCUCCAUCUCAUUCCCCCUCCUCCCCUCCUGUUUCCCCCCAUCUCUCUCUCCCUCCUCCACCUCAUCCUUUCUCAGGGCUUCACUGUACCUGGGUCUGGGCCUGGUUGGGGUGCUGUGAGCUAGAGAGAGCCCCCUCCUCCCUGACCCAGGGAAACCUCCAUGUGCCCCUUUCCCCAUCAGCCCUGGCUCACAAAUACAGACCAUACUCAGAGCGAGGGGGCUCGGAGCCCCCUCCGUGGCUGUGUCAAACCGAUGUCAGUCCAUCUUUGUCCGGGCCCUGGAGGCGUAAAGGCCGGAGGAGCCCAGGCCGUUCCUCUGCGGCCGCCCAGCUGAGGCCGCUGCCCAAGGAGCUUCGUGGUCCCCCUCAGGACUUGGGAUUCCCGUGGAACCACGUUGCUAUAAAGCCCCCUGGUGCCCUCAGGAGGGCGUGAGUGAGUGAGUGUGAGACUGCGCCCAGGGUCUGUGAGCUGUGACUGGUCUGUGGACGGCGCUCGCCCUUCUGAGGGGCUGUUGGGGACCGUGUCUGGGGGCCGCGGCUGCGUGUGAGUGUGCCACGUGGGUGACUUCUGGCUGCAGAUUCCACGGCGUGCUCCCUAGAGCAGGGGGACCGUAGGGGGGAUGGGCAGCGGGUUAUUUCUUCCUUGCAUUCAGUGCCCACUUCUGCCCAUGGGCACAGUGACCAACUGGCCCAAAGCCAGGCCCAGGCAGGGCCCCGGCGGAGACCAGAGUGCGGGGCUGAGACUCCCUCGUCUCAGGAAUGCCAGAGCCUGGCAUGGGGUCCUCGGGACGAUCGGGCUCAGCUGGGGCCCUCUGGCCACUGGCGGGCCAGCUUUCCCCUGUAGUAUUCAGUGCAGAGUUCUGAAUUUGGGGUCAGGAGCAGAGUUCGAAUCCUGGCUUUCUCUUUAUGACCUAUAUGACCUUAAAAAUCACUUAACUCCUCCGUACCUCAGAUGAGGGGACAGGAUUGGACUGGACGGCCUUUCCCAGCCUGUGCUCCUCGUGUAACCCCAGCUGAAUUACAGGAGCGGGGCAUGGAGUCUGGACUCUGACUCUGAUCCAAGUCCAGCUUAGCUCAUUAUACCCUUAGUAUGGCCAGGGAGCUGGUGAAUAAUAAUAGUAAUAACAAUAACAGUAGUGGCUCACAUGUCUGUAGUGCUUUAAAGUUUAUAAAGCCUGAGAAGGUAGAGAGCGAAGUGCAUUUCACAAAGGAAAGUCCUGAGUGGGGCCAUUUGGUCCCAAGGGGACGAGGCAGCGUGGUCCAGCAGAAGGAACUGCUGGUGUGAGGUCAGGAGCAGGGGUCCUGUCCCCGGCUCAGUGGGACUGUUAGCUGCUUCUGUUUUCAAGAUCGGUUUCCUCGUCCAGUGGAGGGAGUUGGGCUCCAGGAUGGCUCCGGGGUCCUUCUCAUCCUGUGAUUGAACCCAGGACCCCCAGAUUGCCGACUUCCUGGAGAUGUGGCCCCUUGGGGGUGGGGAACGAGGCAGGACGCUGGUGGUCUGGAACUCAGAAGCACAAAGCAACAAACCUCAUUUUCCACCCCAGCGGAGUGAGCUGUGAGGCAGGGAGAAAUGUUCAGGAACAGGAAAGGGACAGAGCCUGGGAUUAAACACCAUGAGGAACCACCUCAUAGCGACAGGGCCUUCCUGAUGGCCAGGGCAGGGAGACGCGGCCUUGGAAACCUGAGGGCCGAAGGUGUUUCAGGUCAAGGCCUUGGUUAGGACAGGCGAGCUUUGCAGCUCAUGGGGCACGUCCCACCCUCAGCUGGUUCCUUCUGUGCUCCUGGUUUUACCUGUUCCCACUUUGUAGGCCCUGCCAGACAAACUAGCUUCCCUUUCCUUCUGAAUGUCUGUGGUGUGCAAGGAGGGAAACUGUGCAUGAGCACGAGUACGUUUGCAGGCAGCCCAGCCACCCUUUGAAUCCGAGCCAGACUUCAGGGUUUCCUGAAGGGCAGAAACUGCUGGGUCAAGGUCAGCGUGCUUGGACAAUAGUCUGUAUGGGCUGGGGAGCAGUGUCUCCCAAGAAGUCUGUCCCCUCACUUCCUGACCUUCUUGGGGCAGAGGGCGCCCCUGGAUUAGGAGAGCAGGUAAUUCCUCAGGGGCUCCGGGCAAGAAGAGGUGUUUGGAAGAAAUAGUUUUCUAGAUUUUUUCUUUCCUUUUUUGCAUUACUAAACUUAAAAAAAUCAAUUAGUUUGCAUGUGUGUUCUUGGGCAAAUUGGGACACAUUCUGGGGAAAGUGCCUUAACAAUUCACAGUAGAGAAGGAAGCAUGUGGGAGGGAUCCCCUUUGUCAGUGGGAGUACCCCAGGGGAGGAUGCUGUCCGCAACGAGAAGCCACCAGAUGGCGAUGUAGAGGACUGAGGGUUCCAGAGGUAACAAGUGGGAAGAAAGGGCAGAGACCCACUAGGUUCUUCUCCCUCAGCAAAAAUGAGAAAAUGAAAGAUUUCUUCUCCACAAGUUAUUAAGACACGGGUGAGUUGCUAGGAUUGUAAGGUAGAUGUGGGAGCAUCCCUGAAAGGUGGCCCUCCCAGUGAGCCUCCGUGUGUUCUCCAGGGUGCUGAAGCCACCCUGGCACAAGCAGCUUCCAUCACUGGUGUCCUCCCUCCUCCCCCUCACCAGUCCUCCUCGAAGACCCCCGAGUGCGGGCCAGGGCCGGGCAUCUUGGAGGACACUCAUUAGGGGCCACCUCUCCCUGAUGUAUUCCCAGGUGGCAAUUGAUGCUCCUCUUCCAAAGACGUGGCCUAAUGCAGCCGAUUCCCACUGGUACCCAGAAUUGUAAGUGAGCCCCUGGCUACCGCCUGAGGAGAGUGACCAGAAGACUUCUCCCUGCUUCUCCCUGCUUCGGCUCAGUCCGCCUCUGCAGCCUAGGCUGGGCUGGCUCUCUCCCUUGAAUCCCUGGGAGUGAGUCCCGGCUGGCCGACCUGAGGCGGUGGUCAGUGCUCCCUCCGGCAGGGAGCGGACGCUGCUUCCCAGUCAGGAGCAGACUCCACGCCCCAGGCGGGGGGCCCGGCCUUCCCCCCUUUAAGGGGCCGUGGGGACUCUUUGCUUAAUCGGCUCCAAGCUCGGCUUGACAUUUCUAUGUGCUUUUGCUUUCAGAAAGGAGAGAUUGGGGGAGCAUUCUGUUUUUUAUGAGCAUUCCAACUGAGUUUUUAUUACAAGACCAAAUCAGAGCAAACCAAAUCGCCCCCACCCUUGGCGCCCAUUCCAUCGUCCAGCUCAUCACAGUGCCUUUUUGUUUCUUUUCUAUGAAGGAUCCCCUUGCCCCCUCUCUCUUCGGAUCUCUCUUCUCCCUAAGGCUUGCUAGAAUCUGAGCUGGGAUAGGCCUCAGGGGGUCCCUGUAACGUAGCCAACUCCCAGUGGGUCAGAGAGUGGCCCAGCCGGAAGGCCCGGCAUCGCCUCAGCGUGGAGAGCCCCGACGUAGCCAGUCAUCUCCCAUAAUGCCUAGGAUGUGUUAUGUCUAUUUGCACAAGAGUGUCUUUUCCUAUUUUCGAGUGGUCAGACAUUUUA